UUCUCAGUCACGUUUACUACGAAUCAGCUGAUAGCACUGCAUCGUACAAGAUUAACGUGAGUAUCAGUAAAACUCACUGAGGGGACUACAGUCUCUAAGAUCUUCCAUCCGAUUCAACAAAGAUCUGGAUCAUAGGAUAGACACCAUCGAAAAAAUAUAUUUUACAAAAAUACAACAUGAAAGGGACUUAGGAGCUGACAGCUGAGGCUAGGAUUGUUUUGUGACAGGAGCUUCGAAUUCUAGCUUUUGCUAUGUCGUUCAAGGAGAAGAAGAGACAUGCCUCUGCUGAAUCUACUGAUUCUAGCGAGAUAGACCCAGGGGACUACAUCCCCACCCCUCCAGAUGGGGGAUGGGGAUGGGUAGUAGUGGCCUGUUCAUUUAUGUGCAAUAUCAUCGUAGAUGGACUUGGUUACUCCUUUGGCGUUCUUCUUCCGAUGUGGGUUGAUGUUUUUAACGAAACAAGAGGGAAGGUAUCGUUGGUGGGAUCCUUACUUGUUGGAAUUUAUUUAUGUGCAGGUCCCAUCGUUAGUGGAUUAACUAACAAAUUUGGUUGCCGAGCCGUAACAAUUGCAGGAAGCAUCUUUGCAGCAGUUGCCUUUUUGGCUGCCUCUUUUGCUAACAGCAUCACAGUACUCCUCCUUACUUAUGGGUUUUUAGGGGGUUUGGGAUUUGGAUUGAUAUACCUUCCUGCCAUUGUGAUCGUGGGAUAUUACUUUGAAAAGAAACGUGCUAUUGCAACCGGUAUAGCAGUAUGUGGAUCUGGGGUUGGUACAUUUAUUUUUGCUCCCGCUAACGCGAUGAUGCUUCAGGUAUACGACUGGAGAAACCUAGUAAUGAUUCAGGCUGGAAUCGUACUGAACGCCUGUGUGUGUGGUAUGUUGAUGAGACCGCUUGAGCCAACGAAGAAAAUGAAACAGUCACUUAGAAAAACACAAAUUGAAAAUGCAAGGAAAAAAGCUCUUGGACAACGAAAACGAAACGCACAUUCCGACUCAAGCAUGCCUGGUGCAGAUAGGUUUACUAACCUAGAAGAAGUCAAAAAGAGAAAAAAGAAUGACGAAAAUAAAACAAAAAAUUCAUUUAAUGAAAAUUCAAGUGGGAUUCUAAGUGAUUUAAAAGUCCGUGAAAUUCACCCCAAAAUUGAAAACGGGUACGCCAAGACGCAAGGAGACGCCUUCCUUUCUGCUCCCCGAUUACAUUCCACCCAUCACGUGGAGAAGACCGACUAUUCCCGUCCCAUGUACCGACAGGACAUCUUCUACAGUGGUAGCAUUUACAAUAUACCCCAAUUCAAAACGUCUGGUUCAGACGUGAGAGACUACAUAACCAGUACAACAAAUAUCCCCGAUAUUCCCUCGCCAUCAUGUUGGGAUAAAUGCACGUGUCUUCCAUUAUCCGUUGUGGACACUUUAAAAGAUAUGAUGGACCUUUCCCUGCUUAAAGACUUUCCUUUUGUUAUGAUAUGUUUUGGAAACAUUCUUGCAAUGUCUGGGUUUUAUGUUCCUUUUACAUAUGUCGUCGAUCACGCUUUACUUCUUGGUAUUCCCCCAACGGAUGCGGCGUUUUUGCUGUCUAUAAUAGGUAUUACCAACACCGUAGGCAGAAUACUGUCAGGGCUCCUGGUAGACAUUUUUAAAUUGGACGCUUUAGUCAUCAAUAAUGUGGCUCUGGUGCUGAGUGCCGUCCUACUCUUCGUGGAACCAUUUUGUCGAACAUACGAGCUUUUGAUUGCAUUUGCAGCAUUAUAUGGUCUAUGUGUGGCUGCCUAUAUUUCAUUAACUUCAAUCAUUAUUUGUGACUUACUUGGACUGAAGAAGCUCACCAAUGCCUUUGGACUCCUGACCUUGGCUAGAGGAGUGGCCGGGGUAUAUGGUCCACCUGUAGCCGGAGCUGUAUAUAACGCCACCGGGUCUUACAACUAUUCCUUCUGGCUCGGGGGACUAAUGUUUGCCGCGGGGGCCGCUUGUCAUCUAGUACUUCAUCUUCCAUGUGUCAAGAGAAGAGGCAAAGAGGACGUGUUUGGCGAGAUCGUCAUCACAGAGGAGAAAGAGGUGAUGUUAGAUGAUCGUGAAGAAGCCGUGUAACGGAGGUGAAGAAACUUUCAUCGAGCUUUAAGGAGAUGUACAUUUCCCACGAAUAAUAUAUGUGAAAUUUAUCUAUCAAUUGUCUUUAAAAGGCUAUGCUUCAACGUUUUUCUUUUUCAUGUGUACAUAUUGUGAAGAAAUACUGGUAAGGACUAAGCGGGGAGUUUUUAAUACUGUUUAUGUGACAAGUAUUAUAAUACUUUGUACCUGUAUGUAAAAGAUGUUCAAUUUGAUAUCAUUAACAUUUUGUGUGAAUGUUUUGUGAGAGCAUAUUAAUAUAUUCUGUUUGUGGAACAGUUUUCCAAUUUUUUAGAAUGAAAAGGGUGCAUUUAAUUUUGUUUUAAAGCAUUACACGCGUAUAUUGAUUGAGAAAAUGUUUG